AUGGUUAACGUCGCUGUCAACGGUUUCGGUAGAAUUGGUAGAUUAGUCACCAGAAUUGCUGAAGGUAGAAAGGACAUCAACUUGGUCGCUAUCAACGAUCCUUUCAUCACCACCGACUACGCUGCUUACAUGUUCAAGUACGACUCCACCCACGGUCGUUUCGCUGGUGAAGUCUCUCACGACAAAGACCACAUUAUCUUGAACGGUCACAAGGUUGCUGUCUUCAACGAAAGAGACCCAGCCUCUUUGCCAUGGGGUAAGUUGGGUAUCGAUGUCGCCAUCGACUCCACUGGUAUCUUCAAGGAAUUAGACUCCGCUAACAAGCACAUUGAAGCUGGUGCCAAGAAGGUCGUCAUCACCGCCCCAUCCGGUACCGCCCCAAUGUACGUCAUGGGUGUUAACGAAGAAACUUACACUCCAGACCAAAAGAUCGUCUCCAACGCUUCUUGUACCACCAACUGUUUGGCCCCAUUGGCUAAGGUUAUCCACAACGAAUUCGGUAUCAAGGAAGGUUUGAUGACCACUGUUCACUCUAUGACCGCUACUCAAAAGACUGUUGACGGUCCAUCCCACAAGGACUGGAGAGGUGGUAGAACCGCUUCCGGUAACAUCAUCCCAUCCUCCACUGGUGCUGCUAAGGCCGUCGGUAAGGUCUUGCCAUCUUUGCAAGGUAAGUUGACCGGUAUGGCUUUCAGAGUCCCAACCGUCGAUGUCUCCGUUGUUGACUUGACCGUUAACUUGGCCAAGGAAACCACCUACGACGAAAUCAAGGCUGCUUUGAAGAAGGCUUCCGAAGGUUCUUUGAAGGGUAUCUUGGGUUACACCGAAGAUGACGUUGUCUCUUCUGACUUCUUGGGUGACGCUCACUCUUCCAUCGUCGAUGCUGCUGCUGGUAUCCAAUUGACCCCAACUUUCGUCAAGUUGGUCUCCUGGUACGACAACGAAUACGGUUACUCUACCAGAGUUGUCGACUUGGUUGAACACGUUGCUAAGUCCGCUUAA